AUCAGUCCAUCGAUAAACCUCGUAACGACCAGUGGUAGCAAUCUGAAGUCCAUUCUUAUCCCCAGAGUGUUAGUCAGAAGCUGCCAACAUCAUGGAUGUGGUUGGAAGCUCCGUCACCAUUUCGCAGAAGACGGAUCGUGUGGACGCGGCUCCAGAUGCAAACAAGGCCAACAGGGAUAGCGAAGAUGCCAGGCCCACCGGGAAGAUUCCCCAAUCGAUCCCAGUGCGGAAAGGGUCCUUAUAUCUAGACACGCCCAAUUCUCCGCAUACUAAAGUCUACUCCAUGACCGGAGCCAAACGUGGAAAAGUGUUGAUCUUUAAUCAGGUCACGUUCGAUGAUUCGGAUUACCCCGAAAGAAUAGGAACGGACAAAGACGUCGAACGGCUUUAUAAUGUGCUGCCCCGAUUGGGUUUUGACCAGAAAGAUAUUUUAGUGUUCCGAGAUUACAGCUGCACAGAAAUCAACCGGACUGCUGUAAAGUUGGAGCACGAUGAAGAGCUGGAGCAAGCAGACUGCUUGGUAGUUGUCAUACUGACGCAUGGCGAGGAAGGUGACAUGUUGAUGGCUCAAGACGAUUCGUACCAUUUGUACAAAUUCUUAGAGAACUUCACUCCAACGUCGCUAAACUCUAUGGCCGGUAAACCGAAGCUGUUCAUAGUUCAAUCCUGCCGUGGGAAAAAGCUGGACCGAGGCGUUCAGCUGAGAGCAAAAACGCUCAAAACUGACAGCGUUUUCGAUUCUGUUGACUCACAAAGUCAUUCGAAGAUUUUCUCUUAUCCGGAAUUUGCCGAUUUUCUCAUUGUGAUGAGCUCGCAUUACGGUCACUACUCGUUCCGCAAUGAAACCGGCAGCUGGCUGAUUCAGGACCUUUGCAACGUUAUCGAGAGCUGUGAUCUGGAAACGUCCUCCAUUUAUGAUAUUCUGACGGAAACAAACAGUGCCGUGUCGGUGCGGAUCAGCAAUGCCGAUGGAGAGCAGAAUAAUAAGAAACAAAUACCGAGCUUCUACUCCACGCUGACCAAGAAGUUGUUUUUUGCAUCCAAGUGAUUGCUCAAUGUUUCUAAUGCUCGAAAUUCUCAUUUUCGUUGUCACGCGAUGUUUACGUUUUUAUCGACUCUUACACCACGAAAGAGCAUGGAGAUGUCCUAAGCGCUCAGCAUCUACUUGAUCAUUACUACUUAUAGCGUUUAAAUCUGAAAAAUACGGUUUCAACGACUAGUCAUCGAUAGUUUCUCAAAUCAGUUCUAAAUCUUCUAAGAAUUUAGAUUCCUAAACAAACCAGAGAUUGUCAUACGAAGAAUAUCAAGUAGGCUGUGACAUUUUCAUUUGGUCUCUUUACGAUGAGGAAAAUCACCUUUCCUCGUUGUAGCAUGAUUGAUGAUGAUCAUUAUUUCUAAAUACUUCUGAAAUAUCAAGAGAACUGUUUUGAUAUUCUAUUUGGAAAUUUUGAUGCAUGGCUGUGUAGACUGUGAUUGAGCUUGAGGUAAAAAUCGGUAAUUUAAUUACAGAUUUCUAUAGUAAAUCAAUUGUUGGUUUUGCGAUUAGCAUGCACAGGGCUAUGGACAUUUCUAAUCAAGUUCAAAUCUUCCUAUUAAUGUGUUUCUUAUGUAGAUCAAAUAUUUCGAAUAUAAUUAAAUAAUAGAUAGAUAAAAUCAAUACCAAAUUUUCAAAACGACUUAUCUGCUUUCGUAAACAAAGAUUCAAACGCUGAUUUGACGAAACUGAAAGCACUCCCACGCAAACCAACACCAUCAACAGGUAGCAGAUGCCUUCACCUAUGUACGUAUUGAAAGUGUUGGUUUGCGUGGGAGUGCUUUCAGAUUCUUCUAAUCGACGUUUGAAUCUUUGUUUACGGAAGCAGAUAAGUCGUUUUGAAAAUUUGGUAUUGAAAUCGUGUCAAGUACGAGACACUGAAGACGGCCUUAAUCUUGAGGCCGUGAUACGUAUCUGGUAAGGGCAAGCCUCCCGGAAUCCAAAACUAAUUUCACUCGCGUUUUCUAUAAGGCACCCCAUUUGAUACGGAGGCAGCGCACAACUGUCAUUUUUUCACACAUUCUGCAAAGCUAAAAUAAUAAAAAUGAAUGGGGUGUCCUUGAAAACCCGGGCAUAUAGUCUAAGUCACUAGCCCUUAAACCAGCGGCAUGAUGACAGCCAGUCAGCGGCGAACAGAAGAAGAAGAAUGAAUCGACUGCUUUGAGCGUACUUACAGCGGCACACUAGGAGUUAACUUUCUGAUAUCAGUAUGGCGAAAGGCAUCUAAGGUUCGAUUUCUCAAAAUUAAGCACUUUAAUCGAAAAAAUAUUUGGUGGGCGUAGUAGCGGAUACCAUCCCUCAUAACCGGUACCAAAUAGUUUUUCAUGAAAAGUUCCUAAUUUUGAGAAAACCAGCGUUAGAUGUCUUUCGCCAUACAAAUUUCUGGCGGUUAACUCUUGCUGGCUAUUUUGUGCAUAUACUAUAGCGCCUGGAUGUGGCUGCGGCGGGUAGAAAAUCAGCCACUGCCAAUAAUUCAUUAGAAGAAGUCCUUGAAAACGCGAGUGAAUUUAGUUUGGAUUCCGGGUGGCUUGUCCUUAAUGGAACGUACACACGGUCAAGCAGUUUGGCCAACAUUGACUCCACCUCUCGUUUAUUCAAACAUCCAUCAAGUUUUACCAACAGCGGCACGAACAAUCAAUUUAUUCGACCAACAAUAUCACACACGAACGACCGAAGCACCAACUCGAGCACCAACCAUCAAAAAAUAUAUGGGGGUUUGUGCAACUUCACUACAAAUGCUCAAACACGUUCGGCGAACCUUGACUCCACCCCCGACAACUCAAACCAAAAUCAAACCGUUUUAAUUUUUUCCAACCGAGCCGCCAACUGUCAAAUGGUUGUUCGAACCACUUCACACACGUUCAAACAAAGCAGCAACCGAAGCGUUUUCUUGGGGGCGGAGUCAAUGUUCGUCGAACUGCUUGACUGGUGUGUACGUAGCAUAAGUUACAACCAAUAGCGACAAGUGUCGCAUAAUGUGGUGGUGGUGGUAAACUAAGAAAAUAUAGCAUUAGUAAUGAGGCUGUAAGGUUGGAAUAAUAAAUAAAUUCCUAGCUUCACUCGUUUCCCAAAUAGAACGAGCUCUCUGAUCAAUA